UGAAAAUAGAGACUUACACAAGUUCUUGCUGCUGCUGGUUAUGUGUCAUGCUGAAUUCAAAGCAAGCUAAUAAGUGAUUGGAAAACAAAAAAAGGGGUAUUUCUUGAUUUGAUUACUACUUCUCAAUUUUGAAAAAAGGUGAAGUCUUGGUGUUUGAUAAAAUAUCCCAAAGAACUUGCAGAUAUCAUUUAUCAAAAUUAAAAAAAAAAAAAUAGAAGGCUUGGUCAAGAAAAGAUGGGUUCUUUCAAGGGGCAUAUGCUUCCGGGAACAUUAUUUCUAGUUGUUGGUAUAUGGCACAUUUGGAGCUCCGUAUUUAGAUAUGCGUCGAAUCCCAAAUCGUUCCGCGUUCGGGUUUGGAGCCCCGUUAACGGUUUCGGUGGGCGGGUCAAGUACUUGGAGCUCUACGUUAUUGCUGUUGGAUCUUUCAUUGAUCUUUGCAUAGAGUUUUUGUAUUCGACUCAUCUCAAGAUUGUUGUGAAUGGAGCUUUGAACCCGUCUCAUAUGAACGAUUUCGAGCACUCGGGUAUGCUGCUCAUGUUCUUCAUCUUCGGCCUCGUUGCUCUCCUCUCCGAGAAGACAAGCUUUCUUCCAUUGCCAGAAGGAGCAUUAUGCUUUAUCGCCUCGUCAGCAUUCGCAGCCGAGUAUCUCUUAUUCUAUUUCCACUCCACCUCUCACAAGGGUCUCGAGGGAUAUUACCAUUUUAUCCUCGUCCUCCUCAUCGGCCUAUGCAUACUGUCCACUGUUGCCGGAGCCCUUUUUCCGGCCAGUUUUCCUGUGGAUUUGUGCAGCGGCGUUGCUAUAACGCUCCAAGGCCUUUGGUUCUACCAAACGGCUUUCACUCUGUACGGAUCGAUGAUGCCGAAAGGAUGCCUUCUAGAAGAAAACGAGAUCACUUGUAGUUCGAUCGAGCAUGAAAUACACGGGGAGUUGUUGGCUAAUUUCCAGCUUUUCGUUCAGGUUUUGAGUGUUCUGUUUGGUGUUGGCGGUGCGUGUAUAUACGCGGAGACGAAAUUCGGUCGGGCGAGCUCAGCUGAGGUUUGAAAAUUGAUCAAGGCAAUUUUAUUUAUUUUUUAUACACUUUUUUUGUAAUUUGUAAUUUUAGGGGUAUAGUCAAAUUAGAAAUGAGGCUAAAAGUUGAGUUAUGACAUUUGUAUUCAUGCUUUAAAUUUCUACAUUUAAGUGUCGUUUAAAGUAGAUACUAACACGUUUGGUUGGUAAGAUUCACAUUUUUCUCAAA